GUUGCCAUGGCGAUUCCGGAACUAGGUCACAAAUGUUAAGCUAGUAAAGUUCACCAAGAAUCAAGCUACGUGCACUCCCAUUUUAACGUUUGUUUAAGCUAACUACAAGUGUUAUACUGGUUAUCGCGGCACUUUCUGCCUGUUACGCUACCAUUAACCGGUGACCCUGCGGGGAGCAGUGACAGAAAGCUCGCGCUAACUCGUUGCGUGGUGGAGGGAAUGUCUUAUUGUUUUCCCCCGGGAACCCGAGCGGGCCACACACACACACACACACACAAAACCCAACGGCUGCUAACGUUAACGGACAGGUCACAAAAAUAGCCAUUAGCUACACAGUCAGUGUACUGAUGUUUUCAGGGUGUUCGUGAUUGGAGAGUUUACGUUAGCUAAAGUUAACGGCUGUUGCAAGCUGUAAGUGCGUGACAUGGCAACCGGAGGCACUCCUUUUGAUGACAGUGCAGAAGAGCUGCACAACUGGACUGUAACCAAUGGCAGUCUGGAAGAUAGACUCAACAACAUGGACUGGGGUGUACAGCAGAAGAAAGCCAACCGAUCAUCAGAGAAGAACAAGAAGAAACUGUCAGCUACGGUGGUGGAGAGCCGUCUGACUAAUGAUAUUUCACCAGAGUCCACUCCUGGCGCCGGUCGAAAGAGAGCACGCACUCCUCAUUCCUUUCCCCACAUCAAAUAUACCACCCAGAUGUCUGUCCCAGACCAGGCUGAGCUGGACAAGCUGCGUCAGAGAAUCAAUUUCACAGACUUGGAUGAGAGGAGCAUCGGCAGUGACUCCCAGGGGCGUGUCACAGCUGCCAACAACCAGCGCCAGUUAGCUGGAGAGAACAAGAAGCCCUACAACUUCCUACCUCUGCAUGUAAACACUAACAAAAGCAGGGAGCUGCUCCCUCCCUCCUCCUCUGCCCCAGCCACACCAGCUAUCUCCAAGGAAACUAAGAAACAGAGCCCAGGACUCAGGGAUACGUUAACCCCUUUGGUUCCUAUCAAGGAUACUCCAAGGCUCAGCCGUGGUGGAACUGAGAGGGGGCCCUUAGCGCCCAGAGAAUAUGGGAGAGGAGAGCCGAGAAUAGACAGCAGCCAGGUGGUGAGCAAACUGGUACAGAUCCGGGAGUACAUCAGUAAGGCCAGCUCCAUGCGGGAUGACCUGGUGGAGAAGAAUGAUGUGCCGGCUAAUGUGGAGCGUCUCUCCCAUCUCAUCGACCACCUCAAGGAGCAGGAGAAGUCCUAUUUACGGUUCCUGCAGAAAAUGCUGACACGGGAGAAUGAGGAGGAUGAUGUGGGGACCCUGGACUCUGCAGUGGGCUCAGGUUCACUGGCAGAGAGCACUUCUCUUAACAUUGAGGUCCGCUCUUCAGAUGCCUCAAAUGCAACGGGCGGUAGGCCAGAAACAGUGCGAGCUGACCAGAAGGAAGAGUUGGAGAAUCUGCGUAAGCAGCACGAGCUGCUGAAGAAGAUGCUGGAGCAGCAGGAGCAGCUCAGGGCCCUGCAGGGCCGACAGGAAGCACUAAUGGCCAUGCAGGACAGUGCAGAACAGGCACUUGCUGUGAUUGAAGACACUGUUGUCACAGAAACCACAGGCAGUGUUUCAGGCCUGAGCAUCACAUCAGAACUGAAUGAUGAGUUGAACGAUUUGAUCCAGCGGUUCCACAACCAGCUACACGACUCUCAGACAAAAGCAGUGCCAGACAACCGCCGUCAGGCAGAGAGCCUUUCCCUCUCUAGAGAGGUGUGCUGGUCUAGGGCUCCCCAGGCUGUUGGUCCACCUCAACACAGGCCUCUCCUCCACUCUGCCUCUGGUCCCCACACUGGCCUAGACACUGGGGCAACAGCUGCCAGUGCCAAACUCACUAAGCUCAAAGAACUCCAAGACAAAAAGCAAACCAUGGACAAGAUCCUGCAGGAGCUGCAUUCACUCAGAGACCAGACACUCAAUAAUAACGCAUGUCGUGGCUUGUCAACACAGUGCAGUCUCAGUAUGGGAGGAUCUUCAGAUUGUCCAUCUGCUCUCUGCUCUAAUGGGGCCUCAGCUUCCACUUCCUUUCAUCCUUCACUCACGCAACACCAAGACAGCUCCAAUUCCACAGACAAGCUCAGGAAGCUAAAGGAGGUCCACAAGCGUUUGAAUGAGCUGCGGGAAUUGGUUCAGUACUACGAGCAGACUUCUGAUAUGAUGGUGGAUGCGGUCAAUGAGAAUGUGAAAGAGGAUGAUGAUGAUGAGGAACAGGAGGAGGAUAAUGGGACGGAGGAUGGUUCUAUGUUUGAGGCCAUGUUUGACUCUGAGCAGGAGAACCGCCAGCCUUUAACUAACAUCAGAAACCCACAGCGCAGUGGGAACUGGACAGACUUGAACAGCCUGACCAAUGGGCGCAGUGUCAGGAGUAGUGGCGCUAACAACCGUGAUGGCAGACUCAACACUGAGUGUGAGAUUAACAACCGGUCUGCAGCCAACCUCCGCAGCCUCAACAUCCCCUCAGCCAUAGAGUGCCAGUACAAUAGGGACACCCCCUAUAAUCGGGUGAAAGAUGAGGAUGAAGACGGUCUCGAUAAUGAUGAAGGGCCACAGGCUGUGGCUCCAGACAGUGAGGCAUCGGGGUCUAGUCGAAGAAGCAGUCUAGGGAAUGAUGGAGGUUUUGCUCAGAAGGUUCAUCGGCAGACAGCAAAGCAGAAACUCCGUCAGCUUCAGGAGCUGGUGGCCAUGGUUCAGAGUGAUGACACAGAUGGCACAACAGCUAAUGAGGAUGAAGCUUUACACCAACAGCCAAAUAAUACCAGAGCUGCUGUGGCUGGGUCGUUAGGGGCUGUAUCUAAACAGAAUCCCAGAGAACUCACUCUCUCCAGCAAGGCCAGGGAGAAGCUAUAUGAGGAGAAGCUGCGUCAGCAGAAGCAGGAGCUGAAGCAGCUCCAUGAAGAGCGCCAGAGGCUCAUUGAAAUCCAAGGCAAGAUCCAUGACCUGCAGUGGGCUUGCCCUGACCUCCAGUCAUCUGUGUCAAGCACAGUGAGUCAAGAGGGUUUGCUGAGGAAGGUUGCAGUUUCCACUCCAGCCGCUGUUCAGGCUUCCUCUUCCUCUGGACCCAAAACCAACUCAGCUAUGCUCAAACCCACUGCUCCAGAAGCAGCUACUUCUUCAGUCACUGACAAUGAGCAGCUUUGGUCAGAGAUGCGUCGGCACCAGAUCUUGAGGGAAGAACUGCGACAGCGCAGAAAGCACCUAGAGUCCUUGAUGGCUGAACACCAGAGGCGUAGUUUUGUCAUUGACUCUACCCAGCGGAUUGACGACCAAGAAGGGCUUGCUACACCCUCACAGCCUGUCAGUAGGGAUGAAAGGACAAUGGCCACCUGGGGUUCCACUCCCUGCCACCUUGAUGAUGAUGACAAUGAGGAUGUCGAUGAGGAUGAAUAUCGCUCAGAAAUGGGUGCGGAGGAGGAAGAGGAGCAGGAAGACUGUGCAGAGAGCAGCUCUGAUGAUGACGUUCACAUCUACUCAUCCAGCAGAAACCAGUGCUCAUACAGUAACAGGAAGAAUCAAGGAAGCAACCUGAAGCCUCCACCAGCCUUCUCAGGUGAAGGUAGUGGGAAUCCUUCUCUUCAUAACAAGACUAAGGCCAAGCAGCAGCAGCAGUCCAGAAGUUUGAACCAAUCUGCGAGCCAGCAUGGAGGUACACGGCGGCAGGAGAACCUGCGCUGGGCAUCUGAGCUCUCCUUUGCUGAGGGCUCAUGUCACUGGCAGGAACAAGCCAGCCAGUUGCAGAGACAGCUGGACUUCAGCACCAGCAUGUGUCAGACACUCCUGCAGGACCAGCAGACACUCUCUUAUAUGUUGCAAACCCUGCUGACAGGUCAGUACAGUGUGUUACCCAACAACCUGUCAUCACCACAGGUCCACUUGGUCAUGCACCAGCUCAACCAGUGUUACACCCAGCUGACUUGGCAGCAAAACAAUGUACAAAGACUAAAGCAGGUCCUGAAUGACCUCCUUCGUCAGCAACAGCAGAAUCAGCAGACUUCCUCUUCAACGGCAGGUUGGCAGACACAGAAUCCUGGCUCAUCCCAGGACUCCAGCUCCGGUCCCUCAGCCUCUCCUGGUGUCUUCCUCCCCUUCUCCUCCACCCUGCAUCCUUCAACCAACAACUUGUCAACUGCUGCCAUAUCCCCGUUCCCUCCCAGCUUUAACUUAUAUCCACUCUUCCCUGCUCCCAUGGGUGAAUUCCCUCUGGGUGCAGCAGGUCAGGCAACCCCUGAACACCAGAAGCAGCAGUUGGACCCCAACACUUCAAUCAAAACAGAGUACAUGAGUUUCCCUCCUCCACUGCAGCGCUCUCCUCUUAACACCACUACAGAGAGAGGACCGGCUGGCUGGCUUAAAACCUCCUACGCAAACAACACCGUCCAGCAUCACCAAUCUAAAACGGAGCCCCAAGAAUCUCCCUCCUCCUCCCCCACUUUCGCCAACCGCCACUCCCGACCUCAAGAAUUUGACAGGGCGUCACAGGAAAGCUUCAGCAGCAUGCCUGAUCCUGUUGAUCCCACCACCAUCACAAAGACCUUUAAGGCCGGGCGCAAGGCGUCUGCACAAGCCAACCUGGCCUCACGAACAAAGACGCCCAAUUCUAAGAGUCGUCGCAGGAGGAGCAAAGGGCACAAUAAGAACAGUGAAGGCCAUGAGAGUGACAGUGUUAGCAGUACUGCAGACUUUGCCCAGGAGAGGGCAGCCCUGUCUCGUCAGAAGGACCAGAAUAAGAGUCUGUUGGACAAGCUGACUCAAGAGAAACUUGACAGUAAAACUAAGCUUGGGAACAAAGGAAAUGACCUCUCCUCUGCCUAUGCUUGGAGAACACCCUUCCUCUCUAACAGAAUUGCAUGCACAGAAGCACCAGAUGCAAGCAGCGACUUCUCACUGUUUGAGGCACUGAGGGAGACCAUCUACUCUGAGGUGGCUACUUUGAUAUCCCAGAAUGAGUCCCGUCCCCACUUUCUCAUCGAGCUCUUCCAUGAGCUGCAGCUGCUCAACACAGACUACUUACGGCAGAGGGCACUGUAUUCCUUACAGGAUAUAGUGACCAGGCACCUGGCAGAGAAAAGUGCAGCUGAGGACCAGCCUCUUGGUCCUGUGGUGUGGGCUGCAGGCUCUCAGUCUGAGCUCACACCCAGUGAGAGUCUGGCUACCAGUGAUGCAGAGGUGGUGGAGAAAAACAUGAGGCUCACGCAGGACACAAUGAAGAAGAGAGAUGAUGCAGAAUCUGUGGACAAUGACAGCACCAUGUCAACCUCCUCCAACCUGGAACCAUUUGCUAACGAUGACCUGGGCAACACGGUGAUUCAUUUAGACAAAGCUCUGGCCAGGAUUAGGGAGUAUGAGCGCAUGAAGCUUAAAGCUGAGUCUAACCCCUGCAACGCCAGCACUGCAGCUGCAGGUGGCUCUGAAGUCUCAAAUGCUGAACAACCUUCUGCUAACCCUGCUGGCCAAGUGGAAGGAGGUGCAGCUGGUGACGUGCGUUGCCCUCAGAUUGACACCCAGCAGUUGGAUCGUCAAAUCAAAGCUAUCAUGACAGAAGUCAUUCCUUUUCUUAAGGAGAACAUGGAUGAGGUGUGUUCCCUCCAGCUGUUGACAUCUGUGCGGCGCAUGGUUCUUACUCUCACCCAACAGAAUGAUGAAAGCAAGGAGUUUGUCCGCUUUUUCCACAGACAGCUGGGAGGCAUACUGCAGGACUCUCUUAGUAAAUUUGUGGGUCGUACUCUGAAGGACUGUGGGGAGGACCUUCUGGUGGAGAUCUCAGAGAUCCUCUUCAAUGAACUCGCCUUUUUUAGGCUCAUGCAGGAUUUGGACAACAGCAGCAGCAUUGCCUUGGCAGCCAAACACAAAAAUAAGAAGCGGGCUGAGCAACCCAAUAAAACAAAGCACAGUCUCAAGGACCAAGAUGAGGCUGAGCAGGAAGGUGAUACUACUCUCCAGGACCUUUACCUGCAGACAGAGAGGAAGAACAGCAGAAGCAGUGAAGCUUCAGAGGUUGAAGAGGAAGAUGAGGAUGAAGGGGUUGGACAAGGAAUGCCUCUGUCAAUCAGUCUUUCCAAAGCAGAGACUCAGGCCCUGACAAACUAUGGCAGUGGAGAGGAUGAGAAUGAGGAGGAGGAAAUGGAGGAGUUCGAAGCUGGACCUGUUGAUGUGCAAACAUCCUUGCAGGCUUCUGCUGAUGGACAGGUGGAGCAGGAGGGGACAGGACCCAGCGAAACCCAGGUGACCAAAACUGAACAGAGGAGUUCAGAGAAAGAAGAUGAUGAAAUCAACAAAUCAGUUGGGACUGUGGAUUCCACAGUAGAGGACCGUGACAUGGCGGUGGAGGAGAGUAAAGUUGGGGCUGCUGCUGCCUCAGAAGGAAGCUCUGCAGUCUUCCAUGGUCAGGAUGUCCAAAAGGAGUCAACCACCACUAGUAGCCCUGACACAGACUCACCCGUCAUGAUUAAUGUAGAUGAGAUGGGCUCAGGUAACACCAGUCAGAAAUCUGACGAGGAUGACUUUGUGAAGGUGGAUGACUUGCCAUUGCAGCUUACAGUCAUGUGUGAGGAGGAACUACAGAAGAGAAUAGUGGAGGAGCAGCAGAAUAACAACCUGUCUGUAGAGAUCCUCAAUGGGAACACUGAAUCGCUGUCUGGGCUGGUGGGAAAUGCACAUGCACUGAAGGAACCAGACACUGUCGGUGCCCAGAGUGUGUAAAGAUUUAUACAGAUGUCUCAAAAUCUACUGUUUUUAGCAACACUAUGCUUACACCCUCAAUCUACUCUGGAUGUAUGAUUGUUGAUUCUUUAUCUGCUAGUUUAAAGGAGCAAAGGCUCAUAAUAUUGGUCACAAGUUAGCUGUGACACACAACAGAUAAAACUAAACAUCUACACAUAAUCAACACUUAAGUUCAUUUUAUUCCUGAAUGUUUAAUGUGAUUUAUUGGUAAUCUGGGGAGGGGUUGUGUUUAUGCUGCUGAUUACUGACAGUUAAGCCUCUGUUUGAAUCUUUAUAGUACUGAAACUCCUCUUCAGAUCCGCCUUAGUCUCUUUCUUGUUUCUGGGAUCAGUUUGACAUGAGUUGAUUUUUAAAAAAAUUUUUUAUUUGUCUUGGCCUGGCCUUAUUGCUGUAAAGCUCAUCUUUUCUGCACUUGAUUCCUAAUUAUAAAGAGAUUACAAUAGGAUGGAAGUUCAGCUGUAGCCUGGCUGAUUUCAGCUAAUAGUUUCUCCAGAUUGAACACGUUUUCCUUUAUAUCAGAGCUCAAAGCUCAGACUUAACUUUUAUCCCUUCAGACGCAUCUUUAUAUACUGUUUUGUUGUGUUAAUGGUUAAUCUCCAUUGAUUUUCAUGUAAUUAAAAUGUUGACUACAAUAAGUUUUAAAUAAUAAAAUGCUGGAACUUUCAAAACA